ACCAGACUUUACUUAAUAAUCUCCAAUGAUUUGGCUAGUGGAGGAGUUGGUGAACUUUUAGGCUUUUAACACAGUUACAUAAUGACGUUACUUUUAAUCAUUGUCCAAUCAGUGACGUCAUACGAGAUUUUUUUUGUUUAUCUUUUAAACAAUUAUGAGUUAUGACUGAACGAAGGAAAUUAUCAUCUUCUUCCCAAUCAAAAUUUUCAGCAGCGAAAAUGGCGAACAUCGGCGUGGUGUCGACGACUAACAAUCAGGUGAUUCUCCGUGACUACGUGAGUGGAUUCCCUAAAGAAUCCGACCUCUACAUUGCCGCAACCACCGUUGACUUACGUGUACCUCCCGGAUCCAUGGCGGUUCUAGUCAAGAACCUCUACUUAUCUUGUGAUCCUCACAGCCGCACUCGCAUGGGGAAGCCUGAUCCCUUGUCCCCUGCUUCCAUCGCUCAUGCUUUCACUAUAGGCAAGCCAAUCUCUGGGUUUGGAGUGGCUAAAGCAAUAGAUUCAGAUCAUCCAAAUUACAAAAAUGGAGAUUUACUUUGGGGAAGAGUUGGAUGGGAAGAGUAUAGUGUUAUUACUCCAACUCCUUCUUCACAUUUCAAGAUUCAUCAUACCGAUGUUCCAUUAUCUUUCUACACUGGACUUCUUGGAUGAUGAAGCAAGAAAAUUUUAUGGGUCAU